AUGCCUUCCAAGUUCCGCAACCUCAUUCCCUCCGAGCAAUUCGCUGUAGAGAAGGAUCGAUAUAUACUCUACAUCAACUAUGUCUGCCCAUGGGCUCACCGCGCUAUCAUUGUUCGCGCGCUGAAGGGCCUAGAGGACAUUGUACAACUAGUAGAAGUUGAUGCAAGAGAUCCGACCCAUGGCUGGUAUUUCUCUGGCCACAGGGGUCCAGAAAGGGAUCCUAUACAUGGUUGUAGAUGGCUGAAAGAGCUGUACUUGAGGGCAGAUCCGUACUACAAUGGAAGGAUAACCAUUCCUCUGAUGUGGGAUAAGAAGCAAGAUACCAUUGUGAACAACGAGAGUGCUGACAUUAUUCGCAUCUUAUUCGAAGCCUUCGAUCCACUUUUACCUCCCCAUCUGCGUGAGGUGAACAAAGGAGCCGCUGCAUUCAUCCCACCCCACCUUAGGACUGGUAUCGAUUCGCUCAACUCUUGGGUAUACGAUACGGUCAACAAUGGUGUCUACAAGGUUGGGUUUGCCACGUCACAGGCGGCAUACAAUGAGCAUAUUUCCAGGCUUUUUCAGUCCUUGGACCGUUUGGAACACCACCUCUCCCAAGCUGAGCAUUACCCCUACUUGUUUGGGCAACACAUCACCGAGGCUGACAUCCGCCUAUACACGACGCUUGUUCGUUUCGAUGUAGCAUAUUACCCGCUCUUCAAAUGCAACAUGCGGAUGAUUCGUCUGGACUACCCUCGCCUUCAUGCUUGGCUGAGACGUUUGUACUGGAGCGAGGGGCCAGAGACGAACAGAGGUGCAUUCAAGAGCACUACUCACUUCGAUGUAAUCAAGCGAGGAUAUUCAUCUGUUGCUGCCGGGAACGGAAUCGUACCUGCUGGUCCAGUUCCACCUAUCAUGCCGCUGUAA